AUGGAGCAGCGCUUCACCUGGGCUUCAGCUCUCGUCCCAGUUCUGGGUUGGCCCAACAGCCAGCAGCUCAUCCUCCGAAGGAUCCUGGCACAGACCUCUAGCAGCAGAUCUGCACCUGCCAGUCCCCCUGGCAGUCCUGUAAGACCAUACACACAGUUUCCUUCCAAUACCACAGAUGAGGCCUUGAAGGAGCAACGCCGCAAGACCCUAGCGGCUCUCAGUGAGUCAGAACCAUCAAAGUUACUGUGUAUUUCGUUUAAACUGUGGUGUCAAGCUCUCCCAGGGUUCUCCCCAGAAGAUGGUGUGGAGUCCAGGCCAGGUGUGCAGGUGCGGUCCCCCAAACCAGCUGUGACCCCCAGACCAGCUGUGGCCCCAUGCGCUGCUCCAAAGAGGUGCCCAUGGAGAGCAGCUCGGGUCCCCUGUGCCCAGUGCUGCUCCAGGACCGGGGUCUCCCCAGGCAGCUGUGGCCGCUACUGCUGCUCGAGGACAGGGCCCUCCAGAGGCAGCUCGGACCCCCAGUGCUUCUCUAGUACUGGGUUCUCUCCAGCCAGCUGAGCCUCACCCACUGUGGGACGUCCCUGAACCAGAGUGGGCAGGAGGGCGAGAAAGGUAAGACUGGCCAUGGAGAAGAGAGAGGAGUGGUUUGAGAGCUGGUGGAGGGGAAAACCAGCUCUCAAACCAACAGGCACAUAUACAGGUAAGUAAUUUCACUCUUUUAAUGUAUUAAACUAGAAUUAUUCUCAUUUAAGUUAAACCUAGUGUCAUUGAUUUGAAGAGAGGUCUUUGGGUUAUUUGAGUUAAAAUAUUGAGGUGGCUUUACUGUGCUUAGUGUUCUAGUUCUUUAAAGUUUGAAAUAAGAGUGUGUGUCUGUGAAGGGGGAGAUUAGUUUUUAGUUUAGUUAGUUUGAUGGGGAGACAAGACAUAAAAGUGGACUUAGGAAAACUAAAGCAGGUAAGAGGUCAAAGGUGACGAGGGGUAAUAAAAAAAGCAGUGCAGAGGUAAGGAUUUUAUUGUGAGUGGUAUUUAUUUUAUUUAAAAGGUAAGUGUUUAAUAUUUUAUCAGAUAACAUACUGCAAAUUAUUCAGCCUUUGUUUGAGUUAUUUUGUAAAGAUUUUAACUUUGUUUAUUUUUCAGGGAAGGACAAAGCAAAGAGCAGAGAAGAGGAGAAGGAGAGGUGAAGGAGAGGAGGUGA